AUUUAUUUUUUUCCAUUUCUUAACCCAUUUGGGAGUCUGCCCAUACCUAACCUACCCUCCUCUUCCUCGUCUCGUUUUUCUGAAUUUGCUCAGACCGCCAUUAAAACAUGCCAUCUCGCUGUGAAAUCUUCUGCGAGAUUCUCAUUGCUAUCUUGAUUCCUCCUUUGGGCGUCUGUCUCCGGCAUGGAUGUUGUACCGUUGAGUUUUGUAUAUGCCUUCUUUUGACGUUUCUCGGUUAUGUUCCUGGAAUUAUCUACGCUUUGUAUGCCAUCGUUUUCAUCGAUCGCGAUGAGUACUUCGAUGAAUACAGACGUCCUCUGUAUGCGCCGGCCUAGAUUCCAUAGGUAUUUCGCUUUUAUAUCAUUUCUUGUGCUGUAAUUAUUCCGAAUUUCAUCUGUUUGCGAUUGGAUCUGUGUAUCGUGUAUUCGCGUUCUGUUACUGCUAAAACCCUUGUAUUUCUUGCUAACUUCAUCCUGAUGGAGUAACCAAUUAAUCGAUGUUGUUAAUGGAACGACUACUAUUUGCUUAUU